UUUAGGAACAGAAUUAUCGCUACUUUAUUGCAGAGGCUAGUUGAUAUUGUGUGGAACGGAGUAUGUCAAAAACGAAAUAUGAUUUUUAUCAAACAGAAACGCAUGUUUUUGUGACGAUAUUGAAACGUGGCUUAACACUGGAACAGUGUAAAGCGCAUUACAUAGAUGGUUGCUUAACAGUGGUAGCAGCGGGUGAAACGUUACUGAACAUACGCUUAUCCCAUCCGAUUAAUCCUACAUCAUUAGAACUAAAAUGUUUACCAUCCAAAAUUGAAUUGAAAAUGGCAAAAUUAACAUCAGAUCAGUGGGAAACAUUGGAGGAGAAGAGUGAAGAAAACAAAAAUAAGCCAACAUUGAUUAGUUGGGACAAGUUUGCUAAAGAAGCAGAAGAUGAUGAAGAAAAAGGGGAUGUCAAUGUGCUUUUUCAGAAAUUAUAUAAAGAUGCAGAUGAUGACACGAGGAAGGCAAUGGUGAAAUCAUAUACAGAAAGUGGUGGAACAGUGCUAAGUACAAAUUGGAAAGAAAUAAGUAAAAAACGCACAGAAAUCCGGCCUCCCGAUGGAAUGGAGUUUAAAAAAUGUUGAUGCGAUUCGUGGAUUGAAACAUAUCACACGGGAAUAUAUCGGGAUUAACCAGUCUCAAACUAGAAACCAGAUAAAGAAUCAAUAUCCCAGCUUCCUGUUAAAGUUAUCCAUACAAAGAAAGGUUUCCAAUUUUAUGCCGGCAU